AUGGCCACUAUGAAAUCAGUUGUGAUAGACACGCCGAACGACGUUGCGAACAGCAGCUCUGAUCUCAAGAUCCAGGUCACGCCGCAACCCGCUCUCAGCGCGACACAGGUGCUUGUCAAAGUCGUUGCGUUCGGCGUGAACCGCAUGGAUCUGCUCCAAGCAAAGGGUAUGUAUCCGCUGCCGCCGCAGGCGCCCAAGACGCUCGGUGUGGAGUUCUCGGGCGUAGUAGUCGACGCGAACCAGAGUGCUGAGUGGAAAAUCGACGACGAGGUGUUUGGCUUAGCUUAUGGCGGGGCAUAUGCCGAGUAUAUAGCCGUCGACGCGCACAUGAUCCUGCGCAAACCAACCCACCUCACGCACGUCCAGUGUGCGGCUAUCUGCGAGAAUUACCUCACUGCGCACCAGGCUCUGUCGACCAUAGGACGUAUCAAGGCGGGCGACGAUGUGCUCAUACAUGCCGGCGCGAGCGGUGUGGGCAUGGCUGCUAUUCAGCUGGCCAGACAUUACGGCGCUAGGCGUGUCUUCGCUACGGCUGGAUCAGACGCUAAGAUAGACGCUGUCAAAGGUCUCCCAAUGGGCGCUACACAUGGCAUCAACUACCGCACGCAGAGCUUCGAUAAAGAGGUGCUGGCUCACACUGAUAACAAAGGCGUCGACGUCAUCGUCGAUAUGGUCGGUCAGUCUUACUUGAACGCCAACAUUAACGCUGCCGGUAAAGAUGCACGCAUCGUCCUCCUUGGCGUUAUGUCUGGUAUGGUCGCCAGCGAGGUUAAUGUAGGACCUAUUAUCUUCAAGAGACUCUGCAUACAGGGCAGCACGCUCAGAUCUAGGAGCGCAGAGUAUCAGGGAGACCUCCUUAACGACUUCAGAAAGGCAGCUCUCGACAAAGUCGGCAAGGACCUCGAGUUGAGAAUACACAGCGUGUUCAGCUGGAAACAGAUCGCACUGGCGCAUGACUGCAUGGCGGCUAACGAGAACACGGGCAAGAUUGUCUGCAACAAUGGGAGCAGUCGAUGGAGGCGAGGCGAUGGGCUAGACGCGGCGAAUGCUGCGAUACCUGAGUGCAACAUACACUGUGAAUACGACCAAGAGGAGUUUGUGGUGCGUAUAAAGCAGAAUGGAAGAAUAGUGGCGACAAUAGCCCACACUAUCACUGAGGAAGGAGAGCUGUACAUGCGGCAGCACCUACUCAGACAGACUGUGCACUCGUACUCUGUCGCCGUGGGUGCUGUAUGUGGCCAAGGCAAUGGCAGUGGGGAGGUGUUGUCGCUGCAGCUGCAGCCAGACGGAAUCGGAGACGAAAAAGUGAAACUACAUUGCAUUGGAAACGAGAUACGCACACCUGAUCAUAACGUAGUUGCACUGUACUGCGAACGCAGAACUAGGCUGGGAUUGCACUUGCACACCUACUUGCAGACAUCGCAGCAAUGCUACGUUCUCCCUGCUUUUAUUCUGCUCGUUGCCGCGCGUAUUUUCACCCGCGUCGUCUGGUGCAAGCGCCUCGACGGGCUGGCCGAGCGGCACGAUCUCAUGCAGUACGACAAGCGGCUGGGGAUGGUGGUGAAUGAGCAGGCACCAAAUAGUUUCUAA